CAUGCAAAUCCCCAUAAGUGGAUUGAUUUCCACAUUGUAUCUCAUAUCCACAUCUGUCGUGCUCGGUUUGGACCACUACAUAGGAUACAAAAGCUUUGACACCUACUUCCGCGAGUGCGGUGAAUACUUUGAAGUGCCCAACUGCACCUUGGACGAAUACGUUGUCAAUGCGUAUCCAGAUGAGCCGGAGGUUCAAAACCUGAUACACUGUGUUCUGGUGGGCUCCAGAUCUUGGCACGAUGCGUCGGGUGUUGUAGAGAACGUCAUGUCUAACUUCUUCAAUCCUGCCCCCGAGGAUACCUGCUAUGCCGAUCGAACUCGAGAGUGUGUUCAAAAUUCCCAAGUACCUUGCGAUAGUAAUGUGACACUUGCCUACAAAGCCUUCCAGUGCUAUUACCGACAGUACGGGAACCUCAACCAAUCUGACCAAUUUAUGCCUUGCUCUGAUCGGGAAUUACUAGUCCUCGUCAACGCUUCAAUCGCUUUUGUGAAUGUACCACGUUGCGAACUCCUCCAAUACAGCAUUGGGGCCAUACUUAAUCAAGCACACUUCGCAGAACUGAUAUACGUUAUUCUACUACGAGGAGGCUUUUACUACACUGAUAGGACGCUUGCUCUGAACACCCUGUACACCCAGUUUGGUAACCCGGAGCUGUUGACUCCGGAAACUCAGCAGUGUGUGGAUGCUUCUAUCGCUGCAUGGGACGGUCAAACCCAGAAGGACCUAGCGUAUGCCAUCUUCGUGAACUGUCUGCAAAAGAUCGUUCCGUUAUUGCAGUUGAUUCAAGAUGUUGCUACUUCUUUGGUGACAGCUCCACCAUCACCUUGUCCAUCACCGAGCAUCACAAGCACAACUACGACGACAACUACCACCACUACUCCACCACCUCCCAGUACGGCUCCACCAUGCUACAACCUUAGGAGCUGAUGGGUAUCAAUAGAA